AUGCUAUACUCAGAUGAACUAGGAUUGCCAACUACCGACUCGAGGCGUUGGAGGCUUUUCUGCGAUGAGGUGGGUGCGGAGCGGUGGGAGUACAUGGAUGAGCAAGAGACAAGCAAGGUUCCGCAAACGACGUGUGUGCAGUGGUUGCUGAAUGUCCCGAGCUUUCCGACACCUGAACCAGAGGUGAGCAGUAAAGACCAGGGAUUUACUGCGGCAAAUGCGGCGUACAACGGGGCGCGGUUUCUGGGCCUGCUGCAGGACGAGGCUUCGGGCACGUUCCCCUGCUCGUACAGGGGCCCGAUGUUCAUGACUAUCGGGUAUGUGGUGGCGAUGCAUGUGGGCGGGGUGGUAAUCCCUGAGCCUCAGCGGCGGGAGCUAGUGCGCUACGUGGUGAACACGGCACACCCUGUCGACGGCGGGUGGGGAUUGCAUUCGGAGGACAAGUCGACUGUGAUGGGCACCGCGCUGAACUACGUUCUGCUGCGGCUCUUAGGGAUGGAGCGCGAACACAUCGUGAUGCAGCGGGCGCGGAAGACCCUGCUGCGCAUGGGGGGUGCUAUUGGCUCGCCGUACUGGGGUAAAGUGUGGCUUUCCGUGCUCAAUUUAUACAAGUGGGAGGGCGUGAACCCAGCGCCACCAGAGCUAUGGCUGCUGCCGUACCAGUUUCCUUAUCACCCGGCUCGCUGGUGGGUACAUACGCGUGCUAUCUUUUUGCCGAUGAGCUACCUGGCAGGGGUCCGCUACCAGUGUGCUCUGACGCCAUUACUGGAGGAGAUCAGGUCCGAGAUAUUUACGAGGCCAUUCGAAGAGAUUGACUUUGCUGCCAACAGGAACAAUGUGUGCGGUAUUGACCUCUACUACCCGCAUACGACCGUACUUAACACGCUCAACAAAUGCAUUGUGGGGUAUGAAAAGUACUUGCGCCCCAACUGGCUACUAAAAUACUCUCUUAACAGAAUAUAUGAGCUGAUUAAGAUGGAAAUCCAGAAUACUGACUACCUCUGUAUUGCACCGGUUAAUAAUGCUCUGAAUGCCAUUGUAACGUGUAUCGAAGAGGGCCCUGACUCAGCGGAGUUCGGUCGCUUUCUUGACAGAUUUAAGGAGGUCCUGUUUCUCGGUCCUCAAGGCAUGCUGGUAAUGGGAACUAACGGUGUUCAAGUGUGGGAUUGUGCCUUCUAUAUACAGUCAAUGUUUGCCGCCAACUUGCAAGACAAGCCCGAGUUUUAUGAAAACAUCGUUAGGGCGUACCGCUUUCUCUGUCGUUCACAGAUCACUGAUGAUUGUGUUCCCGGCAGCUACAGGGAUCCUCGUAUUGGUGCUUGGCCCUUUUCUACUAAAACCCAAGGUUACGCAGUUUCAGAUUGUACGGCUGAGGCGGCCAAGUCUGUCUUGCUUGUGCGGAAUUCUCCAGUUUUCAAGGAGGUGCGGGACGAGAUAUCGAGCGAGAAGCUGCAAAAGGCCAUUGAUGUGCUUUUGGGUUUGCAAAAUCUUGGAUCAUUCAAGUAUGGCUCAUUCGCUUCUUAUGAGAAGAUCAGAGCGCCAUUAUCGAUUGAGAGUUUGAAUUCUGCGGAGGUGUUUGCUAAUAUAAUGGUUGAGCAUCCGUAUGUUGAAUGUACCGAUUCAUCCGUACUAGGCUUAUCGUUCUAUCGCAAAUACCACGAUUAUCGCCAAGAUGAGGUCGACCACGCCAUCAAGAUCGCUGUCAAGUUUAUAAAGAGUGCCCAAGAGAAGGAUGGUUCGUGGUAUGGAUGCUGGGGUAUUUGCUAUACAUAUGCUGGAAUGUUUGCGCUUGAAGCGCUUCAUAACGCCGGCGAAAGCUACGCGGACUCGGAAGUAGUAAAGAAGGGGUGUGAGUUUCUGGUAAGCAAGCAGUUGCCCGAUGGCGGUUGGAGUGAGACAAUGAAAUCUUCAGAACUGCACACGUACGUCAGUGACAAGAGGUCAUACGUUGUUCAAACUGCAUGGGCUUUGAUUGGUUUGCUGCUAGCCGAUUAUCCGGAUAGAAAAGUGAUUGACCGUGGCAUUCAACUGCUUAAGGAAAGACAAUUGCCCUCUGGUGAAUGGAAGUAUGAGAGUAUUGAGGGUGUUUUCAAUCAUUCAUGUGCCAUUGAGUACCCAAGUUACCGAUUUGUGUUUCCAAUAAAGGCCCUAGGAAUCUAUAGCAAAAAAUACGCCAAAGACGCUUUGUAG